AUGGUGAAUGUGGAGGCUCUUGAGACGCCGCGGGGUGUUUCGCCGCCGCCGCCGCCGCCGCUGCCGCCACCGUUCGAAUCCGAGCCCACCGCCUUUUCUCGCGAAGACUUUCAGGCGCUUCCAUCUCGUAUCGAGGCGAUUCGAAAAGAGUCCGACGCGCGGGCGUCAGAGAUUGCGCAUCUGCGCACGGUCAAUCAGCAGUUACGCGCGGAAAUUCGCAAGGAGAAAGCUGCGCGAGAGGAGACCGAGGCGAUCGCGAAGAUGCGUGCGAAUGGCGAAGAGCGCGAGUACGAGGCGCAAAUCUCAGCCCUGCGGAAAAACGUGGAGCGCCUGCGCGAGGAUUACAAUCGUAUUCAAGCGGAGACGGAGAACGUGCAUUCGCACAAUGGCGCGUGCGUGGUGCUUAAUGAAGAGAAAAAAUCGUUUUUAACCGACCGCGACGAGUUGAAACGACGUUGCGACUCGUUGCAACGUCAUUUGGUUGACGCACUCGAACGAUAUGAAAAAUUGGAUGCGGAGAAGACGUCUUUAGAAGGCGAGAAUGAAAAGCUCAACUACGAUGUGGAGUUACUCUCCUCUGCCGAGACUGAAAAUGUGCAACUGAAGUCGAAAAUCGCCGAGUUGCAAAAGGAGCUCGCAUCGUGCUCAGACGCCGAGCUGCGAGACGAGGUGAAGCGCUUGACUGUGGAGAACAAAUCAAUUUCUGAAAUGUCCAAGUCACUCAAAUCCACGUCCGAGCAACUCAGGAGGGAAGUGGAGGAGUUUAGAGUCGAUGCGGCGCGGAAAAUGAGAGAAAUCCCGUCGCUAAAGAUGGCAUUAGAGCGCACGCAAAGUGAACUCCAGGCAUCUACGACUGAGCUCGCUCUACGAAACAAGUGUUUGAGCGCGAAGGAUGAAACGAUUGCCGUGUUGAUGAACAAGCUCCGCGACGCCAAUGAAGACAUCGAACAGUGUAGUUUACGGUCGGAAAAGCGCAACUCUGAACCGAAUACUGGAUGUCCUAAAGCAUUCCAACUAGAGGCGACUCGAUACCGCGCCGCUUUCAUCGCAGCCCGAGCAACGAAUGAGACGUUCAGAGUUGAGACAUUGAAGCAACUCGAAGCCACGAAAAAGAAACUUCUACAAGAGCGUCUCAACGUCAAGCUUCUCGAAACCGAAAAUCGUACGCUCAAGGAAAGCCGCGAGUUGACGGACAAAUCGGUCGAAAACUUGGUUGAAAAAAUCAAAGUCGACUUGGCGCACGAUCUCAGCGAAGCGCUCUCGGCGGCGCGAGAUCUCAGCACUGCCUCACAGCGGUGUGCAGAUCGAUGCUCGAAGGAGCCAGAGGCGAAGAAGGAAGCUAAAGAUCCAAAGGCAAAGAAGGCGCCGGAACCCAAGGUGGAAGUUCCAGGAAUGAAAAAGCCGCUCACUGCCUUCUUAGCGUUCGCGACGGACGAACGCCCGUCAGUCAAGGCGGAAAAUCCAACCUUUAACUUCCGCGAAGUCGGCAAGGCGCUCGGCGAGCGGUGGGCCUCGCUCGAUCCAGAACGCAAAGCCAAGUACAAGAGCGAUUGGAAGACGGCGAACGAGGCGUACACUGCCGCGCUUGCAAAAGCUCGCGGACAAUUUGGUAGCGUCCAGCGAAUCGUCUAG